AUGGCACAACUCGAGUCCCUCCCACCCGAAAUUGCUCUUCAUAUCCUCACUUUCCUCAGCAUACCAGACCUCCUCUCCUUAUCUCGAACCUCGCAUACCCUCCGCGCCCUAGCCCUUGAUCCGGUUCUCCACACUCAGCGCCUGUAUUGCGCCUCCCAAAGCCUCGAAUACUAUCUGUCUCAACGCCCUUCACUCGAUACACUACGUCCGCCAAAUCGCUCCAUCUAUUUGACUCGCACCCACCUUCUUGCGCGCAGCAUCUCCCGCUCCCUCAUCACCAUCCGUCUAAAUCGCAACCUUUUCGAGCGACCCAGUUCUAUCGAGCUCGUGGUGCGUGGUAUCCUGCCCAAGGAGUGCACAAGCUACGAUUCACCUAUCUCUCCCGCCUUGUUCGCUAGGCGGCAAAGUUUCCUGCGCGAACGAUUGAGGAAUGCGCUGGGUCGUAAGCUGCAGAGGAGACCUAGUGUGGCGAGUUUGGUGGAGCUGAAUAUCCUGCCGGAGGAAUGUACGAGGAAGGGAGGAAAUGCGGUUGCGCCGGGGUUGGUAGAGAGGAGAAGGAGGGUUAUCAGGGAGAGUCUGAAGGAUGGCUUGAGGGUGUGGGUUGAGAGGAGGGCGGUCUUGGUGCAGAGGCGGAAGGAGGAAGGAGAGAAGGAGGGUUUGGGGGUCAAGGGGUUGGUUAGGAGAUUUACAAGGAGGAUGCUGGAGGAGAAGGGUGAGGCAGAGGCGGGGGUUGGUGGGCUACAGAGGCAGAAGAGAAAGGCGCAGGCGAGAUGGGGAAGAGAGGCAGAGAUUGCGAAGAGGUGGGAGGAAGAAAGAAGAGAAAUGCUCGGUGGUGGGUGCAGUCAGCCUACGAGGGCGCAUGUGCUUGGGCUAAAGAGGUUUUGGGAGGGUGUUACCAAGGCAGCUGCUGGUUGA